AUGGGACGAAUUCUUAGCGAGCAAGAGGAGCAGCUGCAACUAUUCAGCGUUUUCCGCCACGACAAGGGUCGCGUAGACAAGCUCAGAAGCUUGGUGUCGAAGAAUUCGCAAAUCAUCCAGAGCGUGGCCUCCAACAUCGCCAGCGCAGCGAGCACUGCAUUCCCGCCAAGUUCCGCCAUCUUGACAGCGUUCAACUACGUGAUGAAUGCCUCCAAGGCAGUGUCAGACGACUACGACAUGAUCGUGCAGUUCUUUGAUAUUGUGAAUUCCUUCCUCGAGAGGGUCUCCAUGUUGGAGGACCGGAUGCCGGAUAUGAGGCCGUUCCAAUUACAUCUUAUGAAAGUUUUCAAAUCCUUAUUACUUCUAUGUGCUAUUGCGAGAAAGUACCGAACUUCUCAAGGCCGGCUCAAAAAGUGGGCGAAGGCCCUGGUUGACGGGAGUGAUGGAAAACUUCAGGGCGCCUUCCAGGGUCUCCACACGCAGCUGGAGAGGUUUGAAUCUUCGACUCAGAUCGCAACUUUAAGAACAGCAAUCGACUCCUCAAGAAAACUGGAUUCAUAUGGCAAGGAAUUCAAGGUCAUCCAAGCUGGUGUGAGUCAGACUAUCGACUUGGGGCUUCAGGGAGUUGCUGUCGGCCAACAAAAUCUCGCCCAAGGACAGCAAAUCCUGGCUAUGGAGGAGCACACCUUUUCGGCGCAGACUGACAUGAUGAAGAGAUUCGAGAACAAGCUGGAUCGGACCAUGAAGAGCCAGCAACCGAAGAAUAAGUUAGGGGGCGAUCAGGUAAUCGAUGCUGGUGCAAGAAAGUCGGGUGCGUUGAAGAAUCUGGAACAAAAGUUGCGUGACGAUACGAAGAGCCAGUUGACGGACCUUGAGAGCAAUUAUGUUCGAGGAACUUUCGGGUGGCUAGCCAAAUCGAAGAUUUACCAGGACCUUGAGGCCGGUUUCAUCUUACUGCCCCCCCCCCCCGGAAUGGGAAAGUCGAUGAUCACAUACGCAACUGCUAGUGCUCUGAAGGAACAGUUCGAUGGCGAUUCACAAACAUCGAUUGCCUUCUACUUCUUCCGCGCGGACGAUGACGACGAGUCACGCUCUGCUGAGUCCAUGUUAAAAUCAUGCGCGUAUCAGGUGGCCGCUCAUGACAUCAGAUACCGCGAGGAGGUGAAUGCGGAAUUGCAGCGGGACGAAUCCAGGUGGAUCAAGGACGCAUCAAAUGCAAAGGCCUUAUGGCGACGUUUGUUUACAUCCAAAUUCCCGAAGCCUGGCCGCAAGGUUAUUCUUCUUCUCGAUGGAGUCGACGAAGCCGAAGACGACUCAAUCAAGAGGAUUAUAGACAUCAUCAAAAAGCUCAAAACAACCGAGGUCAACAUACAGAUCAUGUUCAGUAUCCGUUAUAUUGACCACAUGUUACGGAGGCUCAACGCAAUUGGCCGAGAAGCGCCCAUCCUCAAAGAACUCGAGAAGCUGCCAGAUAAUACCAUCAUGCUUUAUGGCAUGCUCCUGGAAGACUGUCAGCGCGAUCGGACAGAUGCAGACCGAGACCUUCUUCGAAGGCUCUUCGCCUGGAUUGCGUAUUCAAGAGAGCGACUUCACAUGGGGUCAGCUAAAAGACUGCUCGAGUAUAUUGCAAAAGACAACAGAAUCGUCGUCGAUGAAGAAGUUGAACACAAAUCAGCGAGAAUCCUGCGACUGUCAAAUGCAACGUGGGCGGACUCGUAUGAAACAUAUGAGAGCGACCACGACACGGAUAAGGGUGAAGACGAUGCUAGAAGCGACGACGACGAGGAUAUGUCUGAAGAUAUGGAUAUAUACCUGAGCUUCCAAGAGCGCUCUUUGCGGGAAUACUUUCGUGAGAAUGAACCCAAUCCGGACAGUUUGCGGAGCGCUCCCUCAAUAGGGAAUAUGAUGAUGUUUGAGGCAAUCGCCGCAAUCCUGACAACUCCAUCAAACAUAAACAAAGGCACGCAAGCCGAGGAGAUACUUCAGUUUUAUUGCAGCUCUCACUGGAUGAAACAUCUACAAGAGAUCAAGUGCGGUGAACUCAAUGAUGACCAAGCCGCAAAUGUGAUCAACAGUCUGUACGCCAUAUUAUCCAACCGGGACAACUCUCUAAGAGUCUUCGAACAAAACUGGAGGCUGGAAGGGCAUACCAUAUUUGGUACAUCCGAAGAGCAGGAAAAGAAGGCUCUAGAUGCGCUCCACGAAUGGGCGUCAAGAGCGAUUCGAAUCAGGUCAUCCGCUCUUGCCCCCGGCGCCACGGAUUGGAUACGACCCCUAAUCCGUAACCAAGAUAUUAUCUACAUCAGACUCGCAGAGGCCCAUGUGGCCAAUUGGUUCCUUGGCGCCCAAGAUUUUUGGGGCGCCUACGCGUCCUUUCUCUUUGCCCAUGCCUCUCUUGAACAUGGAAGGGAUAUGCUAAAACAUAGACCAGACUUGCUCAACUACUUCGAGGAGAGGAGCAAGGCAGGAGACAGUGGAGGGGACAACAUCACGGCCGAAUCGAUCCGCAUCGUCUCGAAAUCCUCCUGGCAGAUGGAAAUGAUCAUGACCUCACAAUCUUACAGGGCCAUUGGCAUGGCCAUGCUAGCCAAAGGUUUCCAGAAGCCCAGUUUAAUACAGUUCGAUCUCAGCCUUCAAAACGCGGAUGAUAGCCGGGACAAAAUCCUUGUGUAUAGCAAGAUGGCUGAAGUGCUCGUAGACCUGGCACACCUUGCAGCCAAGCGAGAGGAGGAAGCGAAGCCAGAGAAGGAUACGAACAACGUGCUUGGUCCCAAGACAGACGCAACCGACCCAAAACAGGAAGAUGGAGAUCAGCACCGCAGCGAAUCAGAAGCCCUUAAUUCAAAUACAGGUCUCACACCUCAUCACGAAUCCGGCGUCGAUGCUUCGCCGAAUAACAAGGACGAGACACCGAAGGUAGAGGUUUCCAGCAAGGAAUGGAUUCAAAGGGCGUUGGAUUGUCUAGCCAGUGCCCAAGAACUUAUCCCAAAACUUGAGUAUGACGGAGAUCCUGACUUAGACAGGGAACUUAACAAUGCCGUCAGAAGCGUGCAUGCUCAGCUUGCUAGGGCGGAGUUGAUACAAGGAGACACAGAACAUUUGGUUUCGCACCUUACCGAAGCGAUGAAGGUGCCAAAGCAUAAAGAUAAUCUAAUUCUCUAUCUCUUAGACAUCCCGGAAGUCUUCAGGCAACUGGCCAAGAAGGAACAGUGGUCUACCAUCAUGGACGUGUUCAACCUACUGCCUAAAGAGGACCGACUUUAUUUCAUCUGGUUUGAGGAGGACGAUGAUCACCUUUUACAUAAGGCUGGGAAGAUGACUGACCAGUUUCAACUUGUGGUCAGCGCGUACAAGGAUGGGAUCAGAAUGCUUCAGAGCUGGGAAGCUAUAGAAAUCGUGAACCAGUUUUUCCUCCAGCUUGCCGAAUUCCACCGGACGGUGGUAGGAGGACCCGAGGCGUUGGCAGAGGCGAAGAUCAUUCUGAACAAAGUGCUUAAUACAGCAAAUGAUUCGCAAGUCGUUUCCAAAGCUUCUUUCCAGAUAGCCGACAUCCUUGUCGAGGAGUUCCGCGCGACACGCGACCCCUAUCGCAAGAUCGCUGCCCAGGGCGACAUGAAGAUGCUUGUCUCAAAGGUGCGUGAAAACAUGAGCAUCGAUUUCGAUGCAACACAGUCACAGACCACGAUCCCGCUUGCGUACAUGACCCGAAAGUUAGCGGCAUUCGAGUUCCAGGAGAAGUUGAGGGAAACUUUUUUCGGUUGCUACGAGCUUCUCACGGACGCGACGAUUAGCAACGACAGCCAGAGUCUACGGAUGUUAGCUAAGGUCCUAGCAUACGUACCUGGCCUAGAACGCGAUGCAGAGAUCGCCGCGAGCUGUCAAUUGUACAUAGUGGAUAAGGAGGUUCAAAAGAAAGAAAUGGCGUUGGAGGACUCGGAGCAUGAGAGUGAUACUGACGACGACAAGCAAAUUGAGGAUUCUGGAAAUGGCAAAGCUGAAGCCGAGGACAAAAAGACGACUAAUGACGAGCCAGAAAAUGUGGCUAGUGUUAAUAGCAUAAAUGGUGUCGACAGAGGGUUCAAUGGACACAAUGAAGAAGGGUCUGACAAGCCAGCUGACGUCAACGUUGGUGAGACGAAGUUGACUAGUGACCAUAAAGAGACGGGUGAGAUGGACAAGAAGCCCAACGAGGAGUCUAGAAAAGCCGAUACCGAGGAGAAGCUGAAAGAAGGGGAAAGGAACUCGCAGGAAAAUUCUGAUGACGUGGACGACAAACUCAAAGAAGAUAAUGGAGAUCUCGACGAGAUACAUGGGAGCAUCAGCUGCAAGAACUGCAAGAAAUCGGUGACGAACUGGAAUAACGGAGCCGUGUAUCUCUGCUACUACUGCACCGAGCUGGACCUAUGCGAAGAAUGCUACGUAGUAAAGAAGAAACGCGAAAGCGGAGAACUGCCGCCCGAUUGGCACACGCUAUGUCCGUCUGGCCACAAGCAUAUCAAGGCUCCGUCACCGGGUUGGAAGGGGGUCAAGGAUGGGGUGAUCUGCUUCGAGGUGGAAGAGAAUAACACAAGGUUCGAAACGUGGCUAAACGAGUUGAAACAUAGCAAGUGGAAUACGGCUUGGGAGACGUUCUGGUCGAAAGAAAUGCAGGAGUAAGGACAAGAUGGAAGAGGAAAAAAGGAUUUCCUACUCUACUCUAAUCGUCAAUCAAUCCGGCGGAAGCUUCUAUGCUGGAAGAGGAGCGGGUAAAUCCUUGGAGCUGACACAUUUCUUUCAUUAUUAGUUAUCCCCUUGGUACUUGGAGCUCUCGGGAAUUUCUCAAGGAAAGACAAGAACGGUGUCGAUUCAUUUUAAUUCGCUGGAAUAGUGAGUCAAAUAUCAAAGUAUUUACUGCUCGUGAUAGUCUCUAAUACAUUCUUCUAAACACUUUCAAU